AUGUCUGGCCCACUUGUGCUGAUUACCGGUAUCACGGGCUUCCUGUCCGCUCACGUGCUCGACGCUGUCCUUGCGUCCCCCGAGAACUACAAAGUCCGAGGUACGCUUCGUUCGGUCUCGAAGAAAGAUGGCAUCCUCUCCCGCCUGAGCGCCGCUGACCGCGAGCGGGUCGAGUUUGUCGAGGUCGCCGACACUGCCACUUCUGAUCUCCUUCCUGCUGUUCGCGGCGUCUCAAUCAUUCACCACGUCGCCUCACCUUAUCAGCUGAACGUGCAGGAUGCCGAGAAAGACCUGCUCAUCCCAGCCGUGGAAGGAACGCUCAACAUCCUCCGUUUCGCCAAGCACGAGAAGUCAGUCAAGAAGAUCGUCAUCACCUCCUCUUUUGCCGCGGUGACCAACUUCAAAGAGGGAGGACCGAAUCGCCCUGGCUUCACUUACACCGCUGAGGACUGGAACCCGUCCACCUACGAUGAUGCUAUCGCCGCCGGCGGUGCAGGCGCCUUCAGCUACAGUGUCAGCAAGAAGCUUGCCGAGCAAGCUGCGUGGGACUACAAGUCCAACGAGAAGCCGCAGUUCGAGAUCGCCUGCAUCAAUCCGCCCAUGAUCUACGGCCCCUCGCUGCAACCUGGCGUCAGGCUGAGCAACCUCAACACGUCGAGCAAGACGAUCUACAACCUCGUCAACAACGCCGAUGCUAUGCCGGAGGACAGGCUGCCGCUGUUCUGCCAUGCGCGCGAUGUGGGUGAUGCUCACGUGGCUGCCAGCGAGAAGCCCGAGGGAAUGGGAAGCAGGUGGUUGCUCUGCGGUGGCAAGUUCACUUGGGCACAUGCAGUCAAGUUCAUCGCCGAGACCUAUCCAGAGCUCAAGGACAGGCUGCCCAAAGGGUGGGAGGAGAGCGUCAAGGAGCUCAGGGAUCCUGGAACCAUUGCUGAUCUGGACACGAAGCCUGCCGAGACCAAGCUCGGCAUUCAGUUCAAGGACUGGCAAACAACGCUCAAGGAGUGCAUUGAUAACCUGCUCGAGCUCGAGAAGAGGUCGGACUGGAAGUCGUAG